AUGACGGGCCAUAGCUUCGCCGCCGAAUCGGACCUUGCGAGCCGCCAGUACUUCGAACACUCGUCUGCGAAGCGCGUUGACACCGAUGUUGUGCUCGUUGAAGCUCUGCGCACUCAGUACCCCCAGCUCGAGCUCGUCGUGUCGCCCUUCGGCCGCCUGAACCUCCUCGCCUAUGCCUCUGCUGGUUUCGCGACCGUCACGCCUCUCGAGGAUAGCGUCAAAGACCCAGUGUACAGUGUGAGCUUGAAAUGGCGCCAAUACAUACCUGCCGGAAGGAGGCUCGAUAGCGGCUCUGGCUUCAUGGCUGAGAGCCUCACCUUUGGCAAGUUCAUGUAUAAAUGGAAAGAUCAGGAGGUCAUUCUGUACAUCGCUGAGGGUAGGGAUGGCGCGGGCUACUAUCCGAUCACCAAGAACCACUACAUCCUCACGAGCAACGCGCACAAGGUCGAUGAGCUGAUCAGAGACGCUACAAAAUGGGCCGUGGAGCUUCACAAUGAGGUCUGGGUAUAUGACCAAGGUUGGUGGCAGAAGAGUGCUCAGCUGUACGACUCGGUACAGAAAUCCACUUGGGACGACGUGAUUCUCGACGAAGACAUGAAGAAGGCUCUUGUUACUGACGUGGAGAGCUUCUUCGACAGUCGCGAGACAUACCAGAAGCUGAAGGUCCCAUGGAAGCGUGGCAUCAUCUACUACGGCCCACCCGGAAACGGCAAGACCAUCAGUAUCAAAGCCAUGAUGCAUAGCCUCUACCAGCGCGGGGCAGAUGGGGAUUCCAGGUUGUCUGUGCCAACACUGUAUGUGCGCACACUUUCGUCCUUCAUGGGUCCGGAAUACUCGAUUGCCCAGAUCUUCGGCAAAGCGCGUCAGGAAGCACCAUGCUACCUCGUCUUUGAAGAUCUCGAUUCUAUCGUCAGCGACAAUGUGCGGUCCUACUUCCUCAACGAAGUCGACGGCCUCAAGUCUAACGAUGGCAUCCUCAUGGUUGGCUCAACGAACCACCUCGACAGACUGGACCCCGGCAUCUCCAAGCGGCCCAGCCGUUUCGAUCGCAAGUACUACUUCCCAAACCCUGAUUACGCCCAGCGAGUUCAGUAUUCCCAUUUCUGGCAAGAGAAGCUUGCAGAUAACAAGAACCUCGACUUUCCUGACAAGCUGUGCGAUAAAAUUGCAGAGAUCACUGAUAAGUUCUCUUUUGCGUACAUGCAGGAAGCUUUCAUCGCUUCUCUGCUUGCCAUCGCCGCACGUGGUGGCCACGAUAAGACCAAGGCCGAGAUGGAGGCGCUUCGCUGGGCAGGCCCACAAGACCCAUUGCGCCCCAUUGACUCCCAUUUCCGCGUAGUCGGCGGCGGCAGCGAAGACCCCGAUGUCAAGCACUUGGAACUUUGGAUUGAGAUUCAGAAGCAGGUCAAGAUCCUGAGGGACGAGAUGGAUGAGAAGAAGCUGUCUGAGCGUAUGGAGACGCUGCUGCAGCGACCAGCCAAAGAAGGUACCAGCGAGAACCCCAUGAGACGUCGUGAUGAGCUUGAUGCUAUGCUGCAUGAGAGGCGUGAUGACCCAAUGAGCAUGUUGGGUGGCGCUAUCAAGAGGUUCAUCUAA